UAGCUUGAUUACCUUCACCUGUGUGUUCACCUGUCAACCUAAUGCGGGCAAAACAAUCUCCAACUCACAGUUCACUUUACACAUGGACUUCAAAACACAGCCUUCAUGUUUAAUGUCAAAUAGUGCAUUGAUAACAGGUCGCAGGGACACUUAUUACUAUUCCUCCUUUGCAUCAUGUUAACCAACACAGGCCCUGUGGCCAAGCUCUACUUGUCCAUUAUUGAUGAUGUGAUUGAGAGUAUGAGGGAGCUUUUCUUGGAUGAAGGGCUUGAAGACCGUGUCCUGGAUGAUUUAAGACAUCUUUGGGAGUCGAAGAUGAUGCAGUCAAAAGCAAUGGAAGACAUCAGGAAAAACAACAUCAACUCAUCCAACUUUGUGCUGCAGCUCCCCGCCAACUACAGUCACACUGAACAGGACGUCACAGCCUCGGUUGUGAUCCCGGCAAGUCAGAGUAUCCAAAGCUUCCCAAGGCUUAAGAACAAUUCAGAGACCCUUGCUACUUUCUCUCUCCCUGCUGGGCUGGCUUACCCCGUGCAGAUACCAGCUGGAGUCACUCUACAGACAGCUUCUGGUCAACUCUACAAAGUCAAUGUUCCUGUUGUGGUCACUCAGGCUGCAGCAGGUCAACCACCUGCUCAGAAAGUGGCUGACUUUAGUAAAGCUGCGGCCCCUCAGUCUGCUGCAGUCAAACCGAAUAUCGCUCGUCCUCAGGAGGUGGAGCCGUCAUCCGUUCUAGCUGCUCCUGUUUCACAGCCGCCGGCUCAAAAGACCAAUUUACCCCCGAGCCAAGAGAGCAGCGUCCCUCAGCGGCCUCCAGCUCCUGCUGCUGAGACCUCGCAGCCCCAAGUUCCUGCUGCUGAGACCUCGCAGCCCCAGACGGCGCACUCACCCGAGCCCGAGGUCACGCAGGGAGAAAAUGAGCCGAGUCCACAGCCUGAACCUGUGAACCUUAGUACGACUGCUUCACCCUGCACUCAGUUAUUAGAAUUUCAGAUCAGAGCUGAGGAGGCUUUGGCGCAGACAGCUCCACUAAAGAGCAGAGACAUUGAUGACAUCUUGAAAGAAGUGAUUGAGGAGGAGAGAGAGAAAGCAGAGAGAGCGAGGAGUCUGGCUCCUGCAAAGACUGGCAACCAGACUGAGGCUGAUCUUGGGCUGGACCUGGACUACAGCUACAGCGACUUGUCAGACAUCGUUCAGCUGGACGGUCCUGCAGACAACUCAGACCUGGAGGAGGAGGGAGUUCCCCUGGAGGAGAAUGAUUUUCUGGGUAUAAUCAACGCCGAGGCCAUAAAGGCCCUGCAGGAAGGAGAUGGGAGCAGUGAUGGCAACAGCAUCUCCAGCAGCGACAGCGAGGGAGUAGAUGAACUUGCUAACAUCGAGGAAGAGGAUCCUUUGAAUUCAGGUGAUGAUGUGAUGGAGCAGGACAUCCCGGACCUCUUUGACACCGACAAUGUAAUCGUUUGCCAGUAUGACAAAAUUCACCGCAGUAAGAACCGCUGGAAGUUUCAUUUGAAAGACGGAGUGAUGUGUUACGGAGGCAGGGACUACGUUUUCUCUAAAGCUGUUGGAGAAGCCGAGUGGUAAUGAGCUUUAGUUCUCUUUACACACAGAUAAUCAUGUGGAGAGAGGGAGAAACUGAUUUAAAGGAGAAAAACAAUCUCUGUGUUUAGACCUCUUGGUGGUGUAAUUUAGUUUACGGAGCAGGCAGUUAAAACACCACUGUGCAAAAUCACUGAUACUGUUUUUUCUUUAUGUAAUUAUUAGAGCAAAACUGCAUCUAAUUUGCGAUGUUAAAAAAACAAUUACCUGCAGUUUUGCUCAUGAAUCAAACCUUGGGAAACAAACAGCAUGAAUUUACGUUGUAUGAUAUUUGAAGAAAACAAAGUCUGAAGUCCUGAUCGUGUUGUUUUGAAGGUACCUGAUGUGCUGUUUGAUUUUCUAACAUUGUAAUGUCUUACCUUUGAUCAUUCUUUGCUCUGCACUGCUGUGCCGCAUCCAUUAAACACUUUUCUUUCCAUGCAACCCUGAACAAAGCAAA